UCGAAGUCAUUGUGCGUGAAGUAGGUAGGCUUAAUCUUCCCAUUUUCUAUCCGUACUUUACUACAGCGAAACGGGAAAAUCACGUUGCGGUUUUUUUUUGUAGAGGUGAAAAAUGGGAGAAUUAUUACGCUUGUGUCGUGUUUCUUUGUUCUUAACAGUACUUUGUGCUGCUGAUAUAAGUGAAGGGAACUCUGGUUUAAAUACAAAUCCAUAUCAUGAAGUGCUGGAAUUCUAUGAUUUACAUUCGGAACAGUCAUUUACACAGUCAUAUUUGGAAAAGCUUGUGCAUGACUUUGUUGACAGGAUACCAUGCUUAGAGAACACACAAGACAAUGGCAAUCGGAGUUGUUCUGAUAAUAUCUGCUUAAAUGUCUCGUGGUUGUUAUCAGCUACCAAUGAUGGAAACUUAUCUUACAUCUCGGAGCAGACAUUUCUAAAUAUCUCCAUAGUUUUGUUAGACUUGGCUAUUAAUUCUAACACAACAUGUCACACUGUUAUUGACGUUGGAGAAGAAGAGUUUGACACACACAAGAACGAUCUUAUAAGUAAAUUAAGACAAAGCGAGGAAAAUGAGGGUUUGCAAGUCCUCACAUUUCAACGCACAUUGGAAACCAUAGUCUUUGCUUCUCACGACGAGGAACACGAUGAAGAACACGAUGAGGAACACGGUGAGGAAGACGGUGAGGAACACGAUGAAGAACACGAUGAGGAACACGGUGAGGAACACGGUGAGGAACACGAUGAGGAACACACACAUGAUACUGAACACGAAGAAAAUGACGAUCAUCAUGGCGAUAAUGGACUCCUUUUUCAAGAAAAGUGUUUAGGGGCUGACGUUGUUUUCGAUCUACUAGGAAUUGCUUUAGAUGAUAAAAUUACCGACGGCAAUAUAGGAAGUAUUGCCGGACUUGUUGUAUAUCACAUAAUAGAUGGAGCUAAUAUAUCACGUGACUGUCGAAUAUUACCGAGAGCGGACUUCUUUUUUGAAGAGCUAGAUCACAUCUAUGGUAACGGUAACCAUACGCUGGGUACCAGAGGAUUAUCAGAAGUGAUGGAAGCGCUUGAAAUAGGAGGUGCGCAUGCGCAAUCAGAAACAGAAGAACAUGGCCAUGAUCACAGAAGAAAAAGAAGUGCAGACAUGUCUCCAAUGCUGCAUAAGGAAUCCUGGGAGAAGUCAUGUUAUACGGAUGAGCAGCUUCUAGCUAUAUUUCACACGGUUGACGACGACAUUUCUGAGGAAACAUUUAGUACUAUAUGCCCAGCUUUGAUACAGCAGAAGUUGUCGGGAGCAUGUGUAACAAGUGAGGAAGUUGCAACAACUGUUGAAGAUAAGCCUUCAACUGUAGAAAAGUACGGAUACGGUAGCCUAGCAACCAUCGUCGUAUGUUUAUGUUCAGUGAUUGGAGCAUUUAUUGUCAAGUUUACUAGUGAUAAAGCAUAUGAAAUAAUCAUGGCGUUGUUUCUUGGACUUGCCGUCGGAACACUAUUUACAGAUGCUAUGAUUCACCUUCUCCCGAUGGCGCUUGGACUUCACGGUCAUUCCUCGGACGGUCAUGAUGAACACGGUCAUGAAGGUUCCGGUAUUGUGGUAGAGGAAUAUGUCUGGUUCUCCUUAGCUGCUUGUGCCGCGUUGUAUUUCUUUUACCUUUUUGAGAAGACAUUGACGUUGGUUCGAGGACAGAAUUUUCACAGUCAUGGACAGAGCAGAUUUACAGAAGAACAAAAACACGAGCAAGAAAUUAAUGUUUCUAAAGCUGAAAAAUAUAAAGUUGAUUCAAAAGAAGACUCGGACGGUAACCAAGGAGAGUCAAAAAGGCCCACGUCGACAGUUGCAGUGAUGGUUUUAAUGGGAGACGCCGUCCAUAACUUCGCCGAUGGCGUUGCUAUUGGCGCCGCGUUCUCGUCAAGUUUGGUCCUUGGCUUGUCCACAACUAUUGCAGUGUUCUGUCAUGAACUUCCACAUGAGUUAGGGGAUUUUGCAAUUUUAAUUGCGAGUGGAGUAUCGUUUGUUCGUGCACUAUUGCUGAAUGUUCUUGUUUCCCUUACGGCUUUGAUUGGGUUGUACGUGGGUUUGGCUAUUUCCGAUGACGAAAUAGUAAAACAGUGGAUCGUUGCCGUCGCAGCGGGAUUAUUCAUAUACAUUUCACUUGUGGAUAUGAUGCCGCAGUUGUUACAGAGAUCCAAACACGAAAGAAGAGAUUUUUUUCUAAACAAUGUCGGAAUACUGUUAGGUGCCGGAGCCAUGCUUCUUCUUGCAGUAUUUGAAGAAAAGAUCAAAGUUUCAUUGUGAACAUUUCUAUUUUAUUUUACAUAAUACUUUAUGUGAUAUUAGUGAACACUUUUUAGUUUGAUCUGUAAUCUUACAUGAUACAUUAAGUUAUCAAGAGCUAUUUGCCAAAGACACUGUACAUCGAAAAAAUAUACGCAAGAAUAACCCCAUGCUUCAUACAUAUGCGUUAUAGAGGUCUUACUAAUGAAUGACAUGUCUACUAUAUUUUACACGCAUUUUCAUAAACUUCACAAUAUACCGGUGUUUAUAGAUUUAAAGUAUAUGAUAGAUCUAACAAUUAAUUAUGUCUAUGAAAUUAAUAUGUUCAUCUUCAUUUUCUUGUAUCAGUAUGGUAUCAUUAUGUACAGUAAGGAGAACAAUUAUAAUUGAUAUUCGUACUCUAUAUCAUUCCAUUUACAAAACAUAUAAUGUAAUAACUAACACAUAUUUGUUAUUUACCAUAUGUUGUAAUCUACCAUACUGCACGAAAUUAUAUUUCUUGUUCUUUUGUGUGUUGGAUAUCAUGUCGAAAUAUUUUUCCUGCUUAAUAGAACCUUUUAAUCAUCAUUAAAUAAAUACGGACUAGAA